AUGGCCCAUACAUCUCUUCUCAACUCGCCAAUACCUAGUAUCCCCUCCCGCACUUCUUCGAGGCCUUUCCCAUUUCCUGUUUGGUCUCGUAUGCCACAUGAGUCCAAGCGGUGUACCCUCCCCAAUAACCGAGCAGCUCUUCGACCGACCUGUCUCUCGCUCCUCUGGAGAUACAAUUCAAUGUUUCUCAUCCCACUCAUCCUCGUCACAACACCCACCACAAAUCCCAAACACACACCCAAAUCCCACCAUCAACGAUGCCGGGUGGAAAAGGAUCCGGGGGAAGACAUCGCUGCGCUUUGCUCUGAGCAUGCCAAGUACGAAGGCUUUGUUCAGAUCAAGUUUGGCAGUGUGUUGGCGUUCUGGUCGGCCAAGAGGGCAGCGGAGAGAGCUGGCGGGGUUUGGUUGAAGAGUGAGGAUGGGAGUCAGAGGAUCACUCCUGGUGUGAAGACGUUUGUUGAUACAUGUGGGAGGACUCGACGUUCUGCGUCGACCGACUUUUGCCACUUGCUCAACAGGAAGAAGUGA